UGCAAUAGAUCAUCUCCCAUCAAAUCUAAACCAGGAAGUUUGAGGUUAUUAGAAACAGACUCCACCAAUGUCUAUUUUGAAGGACUUGACUGUAGUCAUUUUUCCAUUCGCUCAGAUUUAAUGUAUUAAUUAUCUUUCUUUUUAUACCUUCAGAGCAGACCAAAGCACCAGAAGUAAAACCAAUACUUCAAAACCUUAAAUGGAUGUGGAGUAAAGUGGAUACCAAAGCUUGUAGUACAUUCCAUUCUGUAUGUCAUAUCUCCAUUGUUUCUUCUAUCUACAACAUAUUUAAAAGGCUCAGUAUAUCAGCAGGCCAUGCUUUGAUGCAAGGACUUAACACAUGCAUUAUGUUCCCCUAAUACUGUUGUUUCCCCCUUCUGCUGCCUGCUGCCAGCUACAGCACAUACACAUCUGUUAAUAGUCAUCGAACACAGCAGUUUCACCCCAUCAAAAUGAAUAGCUUCUCGCUAUCUUGUGACUCACUUUGAGCUUAAUCUAACCUCUGAUAUGGAUUAUAAUGACUAAUACUUGCUCAAACAUUGACGCACAGUUUAGGGCUUUAAAAAUUUUCAGUGGGCCACUUUGAUAGCUAUCGGAAGAAGCAUAUGACAUCACUGUCAAAGUAUUUUACUGGCAGUGUUCUCUGUUUUCAGCAGGGCGGAUGUUAGGGUUUGCGUGAUUCACUAUUGGUGAGUCUCUUUAAUGCUCUAUCUCACCAGUGUUAUCUAUCCCCAAUACUGGAAAAUAUCAUGUCUGAAACUUUGCAGACGACUACAGAGUAGCGUUGCAGAAUGUCCACAGCCUACAGUUCUCCAACUGGGAGAGGUACGCUCCAGACAUGCAUGCUGCUGUGUUUGGUGUCCGUGGCAUCCUGCCAGUCGCCGUCUCACACGCACAGGAGAGGACGGAACCUCACCAUCCAUUCCUCCCAGCUGGUGUGCAGUCUCCCGGGCCCCCAGGGGCCUGCGGGACAACCCGGAGCCUCUGGAUCUCCAGGGGCUAUGGGCGCACAGGGGCCCCCAGGGAGAGAUGGCCUGGAUGGGAAGGAUGGAGAGAAGGGCGACCGGGGCGACGCAGCUGAGCCCGGGAGGCCAGGGAACCCCGGGAAGCCGGGGCCGAAGGGCAAAGCAGGCGUGAUCGGCAAGGCCGGGCCCCGGGGGUUCAACGGGCUGCGGGGCACCCCGGGGGUGACGGGCAAGCCCGGGAGGAAGGGCCCGCCGGGUGACGCGGGCGAGGACGGGGCCCCCGGCGGCUGCAGCUGCGGGGACAACAGGGCGCGCUCGGCCUUCUCCGUGGCGAUGACCAAGAGCUACCCCCAGGAGCGGCUGCCGAUCCGCUUCGGCCGCAUCCUGCUCAACGAGGGCGACCACUACAACGCCACCAGCGGGAAGUUCGUCUGCGCCUUCCCCGGGGUGUACUACUUCACCUACGACAUCACCCUGGCCAACAGGCACCUGGCCAUCGGACUGGUCCACAACGGGAACUACAAGAUCAAGACGUUCGACGGCAACACGGGGAACAACGACGUGGCGUCGGGCUCCACCGUGCUGCAGCUGCGGCGCGGGGACCAGGUGUGGCUGCAGAUCUUCUACUCCGGGCAGAACGGCCUGUUCUUCGACCCGUACUGGACGGACAGCACCUUCACCGGCUUCCUCAUCUAUGCCGAUCGGCAAAAGCAACUGCCGAAAGCAACUAAUGCUGAAGAUUUGAAUUAGGCUUAUUUGUUGUGUUUUUCUAUUGCUUCACAGUAUUUACGUGGUUGAUUUCCAUAGGUUGACCACUUUGUUGCAUUCAAAAUGUUUAGGUGUAGGUGUGUUACCAUAACUGCAUAAACUGAAAGACAUGGGACGAGGUCAAAUAUAAUCGGACACCAGAUGGCGCUCUGCUCUUGGGACCUGGAGGGAUCGAAGGACGGAAAAACGUACUAAUUAAAACUAAAAACGAUUAAAAUCCAAAAUGGAUAGUCAUACAGACAGACAGCGUAUCAUAAAGACGGACGGACAGACAGAUGAAUAGAUAACAUUCCGUAAUUGAAUAAAAUAUAAUUGAAUAAAACAAGAUUAGCCUAUUCAGAACUUUGUACUCUAAAAAGUCCCAUAAACUAGCGUGUUUAUUAAAAAUAAAUUAUUUAUUUACUUUUGGA